GUCAUCGUAUCUUCCCAUACCCGCGUCCAUUCAUGUCUGCUUCAUCACAGUGCUGCGCGCCUCGCCUUCCGCACACCUUUCUUUUAAAGCUGAGCGGCUUCUUAAGUGAAACCAACUAUAAACUGGGAUUUCUCUACUGUGGGAUUCGAUCUGGACUGCAAAGCACAGAAAUGACCGUCUACACUACUGGGAGCAAGUUAUAACAUAGCUCUAAGUCUCACAGCUUUUCCUUUUGGUUUACCCAGGAUGGCCACAGACAACUACUUAAGGACAUGUUUUUAACACUUUUUUGGAGUUGGACACAUAUAUCCUAAUUGAAUCCAGCCACUCUUCAGCCAAAAUGGAUUUAGACCAUGAACUGUGCCACAGCAAAUACUACAUUGACUCCCCCAAGAGCCCGGGGAUCAGUGCCAUCAUGUUUGCUCUAGGCAUCUUUGGCAACGUGGCCGCCCUGGUGAUCUUGGAAAUUCGCCGACGGAGACACACAAGGGACGGGGUCAUGUGGCGGCGUGCGUUGUUUCACAUCCUCAUCACUUCGCUAGUGGUCACGGACCUGAUGGGGACCUGCCUCAUCAGUCCCCUGGUGCUCCUGGCAUAUUCCCGCAACACUACCUUGCUAGGGAUGUCACCAGAAACUCAAAGUGUGUGUUCAUACUUUGGUGUAAGCAUGACCUUCUUUAGCCUGGCCACCAUGUUGCUCCUCUUCACUAUGGCACUAGAGAGAUGCUUUGCCAUCGGUUAUCCCUACCUGUACAACCGGCAUGUGACGAAAAAAUGUGCCUACAUCACAAUCCCCUUGGUGUUUUUGUUAUGUUCUUUAUUUUGUCUCCUGCCUUUUGUGGGAUUUGGUAAAUAUGUACAAUACUGCCCUGGCACAUGGUGCUUCAUUGACAUGAACCCUAAGGAGGUAGAGGACCGGGCCUAUGCCAACCUGUACGCCACUGUUAUCCUAGUGGUUGUGCUGGCAAUCGUGGUGUGCAAUGGGUUUGUGGUGUACCAGCUGUUCAAGAUGUACCAACGGCGGAGACGGAACGGCGGCUCAGUGAUGGCAAUGACAAGAUCCAACGACCACCGCAGGGUGACGUCUAUGUCCGAGGAGGUGGAGCAUCUCAUCCUGCUGGUCGUCAUGACCAUCAUCUUCAUCAUCUGCACACUUCCUCUGGUGAUCCGGGUGUACAUCAAUUCCUUUGGGACUUAUAAGGAGUCUCACCGCCUAGAUCUGAUUGCCCUACGCUUCAUCUCAGUCACCUCCAUCAUCGACCCCUGGGUUUUCAUCCUCCUCUCCCCAAGCGUGCUGCACUUCUGCUGGGCCUCAGUCUACAAGGUCCCCCUGGGAAGCUCCCAGGGUUACCAGUUUAAAUCGACAGCUAAAGAAAAUCCUAAUGCUAUCAUAGAACUUUCUCACCAAGCACCGGCCUACAGCAGCCACUUUCACUCUGUGGAAAAUCUAUGACCGCAACAGUAUGUUAGACUUUGAUAUUUAUAUUAUUGGACAAGUGGACGGUGUGUUCUCUUUAGUGAUCACGUGGAGAUGAUUUGGGGGACACAUCUUUGCCAUAUAGGUGUUGUAUUUUAUGGGUGUUUCCAUUACAUAAUGAUGUUUUCUGUCAACCGAUAAGCACAUCAAUCACUCAACUAACCUUUAUUUAUAUAGUGCUUUAAAACAACUAGUAGCUGACACAACCCGCCCUUCAGCUGCUGGCCACCUCAUGCACUUCUAUCACUUCAGUCAUGUUUAUGCAUGUUGAAUGCAUACUGACUUGCCUAGAGCUUCAUAUUUUAAUUAUAAAAGCUGAGGGGUGGGGGGGUUGUUUUGUAAUGAUCUGGAACAGAUGAACUGCAAGUGACUUUAUCUACACUCUAGCUGUACAGCUGGAGAAUCUUGUGCAAAAAGAUUCAACAUGAUCUGUCACUGUGUACACACACGAGAUUAGCCUUCAAUUCAGGACAAACAGCAAAGGAAAACAUAACCAGUGACAUAAGGCCUUGCUGUGCAUGUCUUCCAUGAUUCAAAUGCUGCUUUCUAAACCAUAACUGGCAUGGGGCCAGUGAGACAUGACUUUAAGGCAUCAACAUGUGAUGGUAUAAGGUUAAGGUAAUAUGUCUUAAGCAUAUCUACAUAUGAGGCAUGUACAGUCCAAGCAAAAAAACCUGAUCUUUGAGGGAAUCAAGGAGUCAGCUGGAGAAAGCUGG